AUGCUCAGAAAGCUGCACUCCAUCUUUAACUCAGGCCCGCAGAGGAAGGCAGGGGUGGCCACGGGUCCCGGCUGCGACCCAGCCAGCCCCACCGUGAGGCUGACCCGCAGCAGCUCCAUGUACGUGGUCGGGGACCACGGGGAGAAAUUCAGCGAGUCCUUGAAGACGUCCACCACCAGCAGCAUGGACAGCAGCCUGUACUGCCUGCAGCAGGAGGGGGACCGGGCGUGGCUGCUGUCGCGCCCCCAGGACUGCCUGCAGUACUUGCAGGAGCUGCUGGCCUUGCGGAAGAAGUACCUCAGCAGCCUGCACGACCUGAAGCCCAGCCGCGCCCCCGGCCUCUCCUCCCCGUCCUCCGCCACCUCCGAAAGCGCGGAGAGGGGCCCCGGCCGGCUCACCUCCAAAGAAAGAAAGAAAGCAGCUGCAAAGAAGUACUCCCAGUUCAGUGCCGAUGUGGCCGAAGCCAUGGCCUUCUUUGAUUCCAUCAUUGCCGAGCUGGAUACAGAGAAGCGGCCCCGGGCUACUGAGGCAGAGCCCCCGAAUGAGGACGUGGACUUUGAUGUUGCCACCAGCUCCCGGGUGCACAGCCUGCACUCCAACUGGAUCCUGAGGGCGCCACGAAGGCACUCCGAGGACAUCGCCGCGCACGCUGUGCAUGCGACCGAUGGCCAGUUUCGAAGGACCACGGAGUGCAGGACCAUUGGCACUCAGAGGAGGCUCGAGAGGCACCCCAUUUACUUGCCCAAGGCUGUGGAAGGGGCAUUCAACACCUUGAAAUUUAAGCCCAAAGCCUGCAAAAAAGACCUGGGGAGCCCCCGACAGAUCCUCUUCAACGUCUCAGGAGAAGACAUGGAAUGGGAUACAGAGCUCUUCGCGCCGGAGCCCCUGGCGUCUCUGGGGGAGGACUACCAUGAGACGGAGAACCCCAAAGGGCAGUGGCUGCUUCGAGAAAAACUCUGGGAGCGAACAGUGCCCUGA